GAGUCUUCAACUUUGCAUUGAAUAAUAAAAAACGAGACCGUUUACAAAGUCGUUGGGUAAACAGUCCGUAGUCCGAUCAAUUUUUCGUGUGCCGGUGAUCCUAUCCAUAGAGAAAAACCUCUGAAAUUUGGCAAUUGAAAUUAGGUUUUAUUAAAUGGGUGAAAUUGAGGAGAAUAAAAUGGUAGAAAUAUUUCUGAAAAUAAUCGGUCCUUGUCCACCUUGUCGCCUUAAUGUUCCUUCUUCUAUCAAGGUACAUGAAUUGAGAAAGAUGAUUGCUGGGAAUCGACAUAUGCCUAUUGAAAAUUUAAGACUUGUUCUGCGAGGAAAUGUAUUGCAUGAUAGUGAAAGUGGAGAUGAUGUAACAGUCCAACUCAACAAUGGAGAUUCACUGAUAGUUGCUGUCAAACCAAAGCCACCUCCUAAGCAUUUUCGUGAUGAAUUUGAGGAUGACGAUGAUGAUGAACUGAGGUUUCAGUUACCCCCAUCAACUAGUAAGUGGAAGAAGAAACUUUUUUAUGUACUACGUGAAAAACUGAAAUUUCCAGAUAUGCUUUUGAUGGUAAUUUUCUCCAUCAGUCCAAAGGUUUGGGUUAUUAUCUUGACUUGGUUCAUUCUGGCCUCUAUUGCUCGAAGAUAUGAAGUUGCACCUUUAUUUCUACUGGCGACUGGAUUCGGCCUCAUCUUUUAUAAUCUUGGACACCGGAAGCAGGGAGAACUUAGUGCAUAUUCUGUAUUCAAUGAAGAUUUUCGAGAAAUUCCAGGAACCCUUAACGCAGAACAUAUUGACAGAGAUAUUCGGGCAGGCCGAUUUUAAGUCAGACUUUCAACACUCAAAUGAAAGCAAAUAUCCUAUUUUGCUUCCUCCCUUGAAUCAAAUUCAUUUUGUACCAUGGUGAAUAGUUUACUGCAGAAUUAGUAGUUACUUUACGCCAGUAAAUGAAAAUGCUCAUUUCUUACCUCCUGUACUCCCCCAAAAUGUUGUGGAUCGUACAUGUGAAAAGUUUAAUGAACUUGACACCAACGAACUAGCACCAUAUGUGGCGUUUUGCUUAAAGGGUGACUAAGGUCCAGAUAUGUUUUCAUCUGUAUAGUGAUGAAACAGAAGCCUCUACUGUAAAUCUUAUGUUUUAAGCCUCUGUUUUGGGGUAUUGAAUGUUUUAUUGUGUGUCACAUAGGAGAAAGGUUCUUCUAAAGGCACGGGUCAAGUUUAGAAGUCAUAGGUUUAUGUGAAUCUAGUAACUUUUGCUCAGAGUUGCAUAUGUAUUAAGAACUGUACUAAAUAUCUAAUUAAUAUUUGAUUGUGAAUUUAAUUAA